CUCCCACGCCCUGGAUCGUCACUUCCGGCGCGAGGGGCCGGGCAGGCCGGGCAGGGAGUGCGGGUCGGUUCUGCGUGCGCUGCCGGACGAGGCUCCCGCCGCCGAUUGACCCGCGCUCCGCCCGUAGUCGGGCCGGGACCUUGGUAGCUAAUGUCCGAAGAAAGUGACUCUCUGAGAACCAGCCCUUCUGUGGCCUCACUCUCUGAAAAUGAGCUGCCACCACCACCUGAGCCUCCGGGCUAUGUGUGCUCGCUGACAGAAGACCUGGUCACCAAAGCCCGGGAAGAGCUGCAGGAAAAGCCGGAAUGGAGACUUCGAGAUGUGCAGGCCCUUCGUGACAUGGUGCGGAAGGAGUACCCGAACCUGAGCACAUCCCUCGACGAUGCCUUCCUGCUGCGCUUCCUCCGAGCCCGCAAGUUUGAUUACGACCGGGCCCUGCAGCUCCUCGUCAACUACCACAGCUGUAGAAGAAGCUGGCCCGAAGUCUUCAAUAACUUGAAGCCAUCAGCCUUAAAAGAUGUCCUUGCUUCCGGGUUCCUCACCGUGCUGCCCCACACUGACCCCAGGGGCUGCCAUGUCGUCUGCAUCCGCCCAGACAGAUGGAUACCGAGCAACUAUCCAAUUACUGAAAACAUCCGAGCCAUAUACUUGACCUUAGAAAAACUCAUUCAGUCUGAAGAAACCCAGGUGAAUGGAAUUGUAAUUCUUGCAGACUACAAAGGAGUGAGUUUAUCAAAAGCAUCUCACUUUGGCCCUUUUAUAGCCAAAAAGGUGAUUGGCAUCCUCCAGGAUGGUUUCCCCAUUCGGAUAAAAGCAGUCCAUGUUGUGAAUGAACCUCGAAUAUUUAAAGGCAUUUUUGCCAUCAUAAAACCAUUUCUAAAGGAGAAAAUAGCAAACAGAUUCUUCCUCCAUGGGUCUGACUUGAACUCUCUCCACACAAACCUUCCAAGCAGCAUCCUCCCCAAGGAGUAUGGGGGCACGGCUGGGGAGCUGGACACUGCCACCUGGAACGCGGUACUGCUGGCUUCAGAAGACGAUUUUGUGAAAGAGUUCUGCCAACCUGUUCCUGCCUGUGACAGCAUCCUGGGCCAGACGCUGCUGCCUGAGGGCCUGACCUCAGAUGCACAGUGUGACGACUCCUUGCGAGCUGUGAAGUCACAGCUGUACUCCUGCUACUAGCCCGUCCCCCAGGGUCACCAUCUUUAAUUCUUUUCCUUCUUUUCUUUGGAGAGGCACAAGGAGAAUUUAAGGGUCCAUGGAUUCAGUCUUGCUCCUUGUAAUUAAACUGCAGGAUGAAGGAACAGCCUGAGAUAUGAGCGUGAGCCCAUUUUGGGGUAAGCCUUUGGUUACUUGAAUUACUCCAUGGAAGACAUGGAAAAUGUCCCCACUGAUUCUUAAACAUUUGGAAUCCCAGUCUGCAACUAUUAAUCUGGAGGCUAUAUCUGUUUUGUUUUGCUUUUUGGUUGGGGGGUGGUGAUCUGGUUCUUACACAUCUUGGAAGCAAGAACAAUCAGGACCAAAGUCACUUUGAUCCCACUUUUCCAGGAGAAAAACCACCUGUUUGGCCAGUGAGAACUACUUGUAUGAAAUAAUUUGGCCAAACCUUCAGUGUGACCAAAUGUGAGACUGGGAGUUUGUGUUUUUCACAGGAACCCUAAGUAUAGACCUCUGCUGCUCAUCAGGAAACUUACUGGAGAUGAAGGCCCCAGCUGUUGUCACCGGGUUUGGAAAGCACCUUAACUGAAUCAUGUAAGCAUCAGGACAUAAGCAGCACUUUGUGGUCAAAUGUGGAAGCCGGAGACUUCAAAGCACCUCUGGGACCCACUGGUUGAAGUCUGCAAUAGAAACUUAAGUUUUCCCAAAUCCAUAAAGCCUUAGCCCUGGUUCUCAAUAGAAUCAGGGACCUAGCAGGAAAUGAUUUUACUCAACCUAAGAUGCUGGAUCCCAGGCCCGUGUAGCUAUAAGAAUUCUGGCCUGGAUCCCAGGUGUGCAACUAUGGACAAGAUAUGGGCCUCUACUUUCUCCUCUAUAAAAUGAGGCUGGAUGAAAUGUCAGCUAGGGCCAUUUUGGCUGCUGAGGCUCUGGGAUUUGGUUUAGUUACUGAAUGUUAGAUUUUCUGCCUAGAAAGAUAACUAUCUUGAUACAAGUGGUUGGAUCCUGUUUUUGUUUGUGGUACAUGUGUCUUUCCAAGAGAGAUGUGUCACCAAUUAGCCCUGCCUUUAAAGAAACUAUUAUGUGUAUUCCUGGGACUCACUGACACCAAUUUUCUUUUUAUAGUGAUGGUUCAAUUUUGAAAAGAUGGCUUUUGUGAGGCCAGGUUAAGGUGACCAGGAUCUUGUAUGAUGAAUUCCUUCCAUCCCUGAGACUCUGGUACUAUAUUGUAAACCUGGCUACAGUAGUUAAUUACUUGAGAUUCUUUAAUUUUGGACUCUGGGCCGGGCGUGGUGGUUCAUGCCUGUAAUCCCAGCACUUUGGGAGGCCAAGGUGUGCGGAUCACAAGGUCAGGAGUUCGAGACACGCCUGGCCAAGAUGGUGAAACCCCAUCUCUACUAAAAAUACAAAAAUUAGCUGGGCGUGGUGGUGGGCUCCUGUAGUCCCAGCUACUCGGGAGGCUGAGGCAGAAGAAUCGCCUGAACCCAGAAGGCAGAAGUGGCAGUGAGCCAAGAUCACACCACUGCACUCCAGCCUGGGCGACAGAGCAAGACUCUGCCUCAAAAAAAAAAAAAAAAAAAAAAAAAAAAAAAUUUUUUUUUUUUGGUCUCUGGAAAUGAACACAAGGGCAGGUUAUUGCUGGGUCACUUCUGGGCCCCCCUGCCCUCCCAGCCCCACUUGAGUUUCUCUCUCUGGUGUGGGUGAACCAGUCAGCCUGAAUGUUCUGCAUUUCAGCACUUUAGAACCUCCCUGUGAAGAUUUUAGCCUUAGCCCAAACAUCAAAUUAGACGGUUCACAUGAUGGUUUUUGACCUAUUUCCUUUCUAAUGUAUUCCACAUGAUCAUGGUGUUAAAUAGUGAAAAGUACUGUGUUGUGUGUGCACCUUCUCCGUGCAUUUAUUAGACUAACCAGUCAAGCAGACAGCUCAGUUAGGGAGAAAACAAUACUCUGAAAUUUGAAGGCCAGUCUGUUGUUACUAAGCUGUUUAUCUCUAUUGCCUUUUUAAAUGUCUGGAUAAGUUGUUGGUGGAAAUUAAGUUACUUAACCUCAUUAAUACCAAUUCUAGAGAAAGUGCUUUUCACCAUGGAUAGUAACCCUGGAUCCUCUAGGGUACUGGCUGAGCUGGAAGUGCCAAAAAGCACUCCUGGCUGCUUCUGGUUCCAUCUGAUGAUGAUGUGACCUGCACUGCUGAAAAGGCCCAAGCAGGGCAAGUGGGAUGGCUGAAGGAGGGAAGGAGGGGGUUCAGAACCCACUGGCCUGGAUGGGAGAACUGGGUGGAGGCUUCCCCAAGAGGGAUGACAGAUAAACAAAACAAAACAAAAACUGGGUAAAGAGGAAUGAAUCACUCAGCCCUGAUGUUUCAAUUCUACACUGCAUUCCUGGCCAGUCGCAUUUGUUUUAAUGCAGGCAUGGCCACAGCUCUCCUAGAGAAUUAUCUCAAAGACCAGAAGGGACCUGGAGAGGCCUAUUUCUUAGGUUUUUCCAGUUGGACAAGGAAGGAGUGGUUUCACUCAGCUUCUAGAAGGAGUUGGAGCCUAAGUUUAUCUGCCUCCAGGAGCUGCUUGCUUUGUUUUGGCUCCGAAGAGGUAUCAGAUAGUUUUGACACCUCAGGAAACUUGAACCAAGCUGUGAAACCAAGACCUCCCUGCGUGAAAAUCAAGGUGGUCUCCUUGUGGCUUCACCAGGGUGUUUGUGUCAGGCUGUCUCAGCAGGGUGGGGAAUGACCAGCCAGGGAGCACAGUGAGCCUUACUCAGCACUGGGGAGCGCACUGGUGAGGCAAACCCAUGAACCUCAAGAACUGGGAGUAUGUUCCUUCAGGGAGAAGUUCUGGACCAUUGCACAAACACUUGGAAAUUAACUUUUCCCUAAAUUCAAGGUAGUGUGGUGUCGGAAGGAAAUGGGACAGUAAAUUAGGAGACGCGGGCUCCACCUUUACCUUACUACGUGGCCUUUGAUGAGCUGGCUUCACAACCCUGAGUGAUUCUGUGAUAGAGAUCUAUACUCCAAACUUUAUUCCUGGUAUCUAGUUGGCUUCACUGCCACAGAGACACUGUACUCUCUCUUUUUGGAAGUUUUUUUCCUUUUUUCCCCCCUCAAUUGGCUUGUUAUUUAGUAAAUUUAGGUCUGAAUGAAUUGGUACCUAAAAGCUUCCAAAUCUAUACAUUUCAGAAUAUGGGAAUUUUCUUCCUCUUCUUCCCCCAUAUCCCAACAUGGAAUUCUGGAAAACUGUGCCUCUUCCCCUGUUCUGCCUUCAUGAGGGAGAGACUGGAUGAAAUCUACAAAAACAGCCAAAAGUGCCACCCUGGCUUCAUGUCUUGAAUUUCUAACUUGCUCUUGGCAAAGGUCGCUUUAUUUUUUAAUUUUUUUCCUUGCAUUUUCUUUUUUAUUCUAUUGCUGCUGCAAAAAUUAAGGCAAAAGUAGCUUUUGAUCUUUCAUAUUUCAUCCUGGUUUCACAAGGAGUCACUUAUCUUAGGAGGUCUGUAAGUCAGGUUACAAGGCCGGGAGCGGUGGCUCACACCUGUAAUCCCAACACUUUGGGCGGCUGAGGUGGAUGUAUCACCUGAAGUCAGGAGUUUGAGACCAGCCUGGCCAACAUGGUGAAACCCCGUCUCUACUAAAAAUACAAAAAAUUGGCUGGGCAUGGUGGUGGGUGCCUGUAAUCCCAGCUACUUGGGAAGCUGAGGCAGGAGAAUCACUUAAACCCAGGUGGCGGAGGUUGCAGUGAGCCGACAUCGUGCCAUUGCACUCCAGCCUGGGUGACGAGUGAAACUCCAUCUCAAAAAUAAAAAUAAAAAUUUAAAAAUCAGGUUACAAAACACCAUUUUUCCCGAAAUAAGACAAUAAGAGGCUUUUCUCUGAAUUCCUUUAUAUUGAGCCUUUCACAGAAUUCUCCCUGGGUGGGCAAUUUCUUUAAAUAGCAUUUGACUCUCAGAUCAAUCAUGGGAUUUUUUUCAUUUGGGUAGCAAACGGCUAGAAUACUGCUGUGGCGAUUAUAAUACUUUUAGAAAGUUUUACCAUUUUAAAGUUGCCAACAUUUAAGGUUUUCCUUUGAAGCCUCCUUUAAUUUAGGGAGUAAAAUGUUAGCUAAACCAAUUAUAUACUAUAUACUAUACACUGUAUCUCCUGUGGCCAUGAGAAGUGUGGCUAUACCGAACAGAAACAUGCCUACUGUUCAGGAAAGAUGUCAGUUCUGGUAACACCUCUCUGUAUUGGGAUCUGUUAAUUUUGUAAAUCUAAAGUCUUCUGCUCUUGGCCAGGUGCAGUAGCUCAUGCCCUGUAAUCCCAGAACUUUGGGAGGCUGAAGGGGGGCGGAUCAUUUGAGGUCAGGAGUUUGAGACCAGCCUGGCCAACAUGGUGAAACCCCAUCUCUACUAAAAAGUACAAAAAUUAGCUGGGUGUGGUGGUGCGUGCCUGUAAUCCCAGCUACUUGGGAGGCUGAGGCAGGAGAAUCGCUUGAACCCGGGAGGCAGCGGUUGCAGUAAGCCAAGACUAUGCCACUGCACUCCAGCCUGGGUGACAAAGCAAUAUUCUGUGUCAAAUAAAUAAAUUAAUUCUUCUGCUCUCCUGACUUAGAGAAAUGGUUUGCUUAAAAUGCUAGUAACAAACAUCAUCACAGUCAACAGGAGCUUGCUUCAUGCAAAGGAUCAAUGUGAUUUGUGGAUGGAGAUGAUAGUGAUGAAAUUCCUGUUUCAUGGGGCUGUUUUUCUUUUCAUCUCACUGGGCAGCAGGUUUAGUGAGGCAGUGAGAUGCUGCUGCUGUGGAUUCUUGUAGCUAUGCCUCGGCUUCUUGGCAUAUCAGGUAGGAACCUGUUACAAGUGAAAUACUUGAAACCUCUCUGACCAAGAGCCUCUGAUGGAGUGGGAGGUGAGCUAAUUUUCUGACCAGCUUGGGGCACUGUUUCAGCCACUGGUCACAUUCCUUGCUUCAAACUGAAAUUCAGUUUGGCUUUGAGUAUAGGGAUACAUGGUGGAUUCAUGUACUUCAGUGUUUGUUUUGACCAAAGUUUAUUUUUCUAGUGCAUUUUCUAAGUCAAAGUGGUGAAAAUAUGUAAUUUUAGUAUGCAUGACUCAGUCUGAAACAAUAAAAAUCUCUGAAAAAUG